AUGGCUACCCGACGGACGCGUAUCGUUUGUAUAUCUGAUACUCACAAUCAGACCCCUCAGUUGCCCGCUGGGCACGUUCUUAUUCAUGCAGGCGACCUCACUAACCAAGGCACAUAUUCAGAGCUCCAGAAGACUGUUGACUGGAUUAGAAAAUCACCGUUUCAGAUCAAAAUUGUCGUCUGUGGAAAUCACGAUGUCACUUGCGAUGUCCCCUUCUAUCAAAUGUACGGAGGCUAUUUCCACAAUAAGAGACGGGAAGAUCCUCAUCGCUGUCUCGACUUGCUCCGCGCCGAUUCUUCGGUUAUCUUCCUCAAUCACGAGGCCAGGCAGGUUCGUAUCGAUCAUGGUGCAGGCCUUGUGUCCGUGCUCAAGGUGUUUGGUUCCCCAUACUCGCCGGCACAUGGUUUUUGGGCCUUUGGUUACACGCCAGAAACCGCUCCUCAAUUAUGGGAUCAGAUCCCUCUAGAUUCAGAUAUCGUGGUGACCCAUACACCGGCCAAAUUUCACUGCGACGAAUGCGGAAAACGUGGCACAGCGGGGUGCGAACCCCUCCGACAGGCUCUGUGGAGGGUUCGCCCCAGGUUGUUCGUCUGUGGGCACAUCCACGAGGCUUAUGGUGUCGAAGCCAUCACGUGGGAUCUAUCCUCUCCCAACCUCAAAUACAAAGAGCAGAGCGUCCGAAGAUGGGCGGACCCAGAGCCGGGUUCUAAGAAGCAAUUCACCGUCGAUUUGUCCUCGAGAGUGAAGUCCUUGGCUCUGCGCAAUGACGGAAGCAUUGGCAAUCUGAUACCGCCAAAACAACUGUCAAGGAUCCGCGGUGUUGAAGUUGAUGGAACCGUUGAUGAUGCCAGCACAGACCAGCAAGACAGAAGCACAACCUUCCCAGAUGUCCCUUCGCCCCCACCGCCUCCCUUUCCUGACUUUGAAAAGGCUGAGAGACCAAUUUCUACGAUUGAUUCUCCAAGCAUCAGACAUCUCGGAACUCGUAGUCAGGGUGGCCCAGCAUCAAGCCUUAGGUCUGACCAAGAAGCGCUGUCUGGUCGAGAGGGAAGAGCGGAGACUUGUGUGGUCAAUGCAGCUUACAUGGGAUCAAAUUGGCCUCACAAGGGCGGCAAGAAGUUCCAUAAGCCCAUUGUGAUCGAUCUAGAUUUGCCGGUAAUGGAUGAGAACCAGAUCGACAAAGGCGUGCAAGAAGCGGAGUAG